CAGUUCGUGGCAAAUAUGUUUUCUCAACGUCGUCAGAUACAGAGUUUCUUAAUCUGUUUAAAGUUUAAACAAUCAUUUAUCAAAUCUAUGUCGAGAGUGAUCAUUCUGAUCGUAUCUAUUCUGUGAUAUGAUCUUGUACUGUUAUGUUUUAGAAUUUAUAUUAUAGACAUUUUUUCACUAAUGGAGAUUGGAAACAGAUAUUUGAUUAAUAUUGUUGGCCAUUUAAAAAAUACUAAAAGUUGCUUUAUCAUAGUUGAACAAUUUAAUAAGGAUGCAACAACAUAUUUUUUAAAAUAUUACAAACAUCUUUUAUCGUUUGAAAAUGAAAAAUGUGACGAUUGGUUCAAAAAUUUAGAUUGCCCUCGAAUAGAUGUUGGAAGGGCUGUUAUUACUAAAAUAAACAAUAAAAAAUGGUUUCGAGGCAUUAUUUCAAAAUCAAGUCAUAAAGGUUAUUCACCUGAGCUAUAUUUGAUUGAUUCACAGAGAUUUACAGAACAAAGUGAUAAACUAGAAUUAAGAAUAUGUCCUUUAAAGUUUUUACAAUUAUCACUACCUACUUUUUACGUAGAUCUGAAUCUAUGUUUUGAUGAUGAAAAUGUAAAGAAUGCUCUAGAAAUGUUGAUAACCCAAAAUCAACGUGGUAAGAUAAGUUUUUGUUUUACUCCAAGAAACAUCGAAGGAAAUGUUUAUCAUGGAGAAUUUGAAAUUUAUGAAGAAACUAAUAACUCAUAUAGACCACUAAAAAAACUCAUAAAGCAUUUUGAUUCAAAAAUACAUUAUAAUGACAUCAAUGAAAUCAAAACAUAUUCUUCUAAAAAGACUUAUAAUCCUCUUAAGUUUAAACACUUGAAAUCCAUUUUUUUGCCAAAGGAUCCAUAUUUAACUGAUAUUUUUGAAAAAAAUUUAGUUUUGAGUUUAAUGGAUUUGCAGUCAUUAGAUUCAUAUGAAAAUACAUCACAAUCAUCUUUAUUGAGUGAAAGUUCGUCCAAAGAAUCAAUUUAUAGUAAUCAUGGCACUAAUGUUACCAUAGCCAACAAUAAAACAUGUGAUGUAAUACCAAUCCACAAUCAAAAUGAUUAUCUACCAUUUUUAUCAAAAAAAAAAACAUUUAAUAAUUUGUCAUCCUCUUCUGGAAGUGAUUAUAGUAGAUGUUCUUUACAUUCUUUGUUACAAAAAAAAUCAAAAAGUCAUCAUGGUAAUGUGAACAACAGUGAUGUUUUUAAAUUUCAAAAUGUUUCUUUAGAAAAAUCUCAAUUUGAAGUUGAGUGGUCAGACUCAUCAGAAUCGAUUCAUGACUUACAGAGUACUAUAGAACCAAUAAAUAUAUCUCAAAAUACAUCUAGCAAUGACACUGAAAUUUGGUGGUCUGACUCAUCUGAAUGAAUUAAUAAUUUCAUGGCACCUAUGCUAAAUUUUUUUUUGAAAUUAUUUUAUAUUUUUAAUAUUUUAGCUAUUGAAAAUAUUAUUUAAUUUAAUAAUAAAUAACUAUUUUUAUUUUAUGAAAAAAGGGGAAAUUAGAAAAAAGUUUUGACAUGUCUUAUGAAUGACAAUAUACAUAUAUAUUAAUUUUUAAUCAAAUUAGUGUUAUGAACUACUAAAAAAAGAAAAAGAAUAUAAAUGAAAGAAAGAAUUAUUAAUAACAAAAACAUUUUUGUUUUAAAAUCAUUAUGGUUUUUGCUUAUUUUUUUUCCAAGACUCAUUUUAUAGGCUGCUCUGAAAUUGUUUUUAAAGUUAUGGAUAAUACCUCGUUUUUAAGUAAAUUAAUGCCCCUAUCAAAUUAUAGUUUUUUUUUGGGGGGGCAGACAAAAAAAUGAUUUAGUUAAAUUAGCAAAUAAAAUAAAAAAAAUAGACAAUUUUUACACAAACCUCAUACUUUUUUCUUUAACUUUGAUGUCUGUUUUCACAUCGAAGAUAAGUGGUGGGGACAACUCUUUUUUCAAAUUAAAGCGUAAUGCAUAAGCUUUAAUAUAAGAUGUAUGUAAAAGUACAGUAUUUCUGUAUCAUUUUCAGAAGUUAAGUUGAACAAAUUCUAUUUUUUAUACAAAAAUGUGUUAAAGUUUUAAUCUCUGCCUGUAUGAAGGGAAAUGAUUCAAUUAAAUAAAAAUAGGAAGAAAGGGAAAUAUAUUAAGUAUUUAAAAAAGUAGAGUUUUUUUGAUUCAAACAUUUUUCAAAAAGUUAUAGCAAUGUAAAGUUAAAAUUAUAAAAUAUGAAAUUAAAAAUUUUAACAUAAAAAUAGCACAUUUAUUAACCAUGACAG